UUGUUUAUUUUCAGAUGAUUUUUAAAAUUAUAUGUAACAACAUUAUUUUCACACACGUACACACACACACCCUUAUCAGUUGCUUUAGCAGCAGAAGAAAACCAGUCAAUAUCCUCUGCUCGCAAAACUGUAACAGAGAAUUCAUUAGCUGACAAAGCGAUGUCACUCGGAAGAAAGAUUUACAAAGGACCCCGCAGCGAUGACGAUCAGCUGUCUGACCGUCAAACAUCUGAAGAAGGCCUGUUUUCAGAGAGAGAUGGAUUUUCAAAAUACCAACGCCUUAUACUGGGUUUGGGCCUAACCUGUGGUCUUAUGCUGAUAUCUGCUGCUGUGUUGGGGAUUUGCUGUGCCAAAGCCAAAGACUUUGACAUGUCUGACUUAGCAGCAUCCCCUCUUUUUGCCGAGCUGAACUUCUACCGCAACCAAAGUCACAUCAUCAAAGCCAAAGUGGAGGCUCAGGCAUCACUGAUAAAAGAACGUGCCAGUCAUCUGCAAAUCAAACAGGAAGUGAACCUGAAGAGGGCUUUUGUUGACAAGCUUCAAGGAAAGAUAGAGACUCUAAAGCAGGAUGUAAAAAUUCUCCAGUCAAACAAAACAACUUUAGAGAAAAACUGCGGCUGGUGCUUGCCUAAAUGGAUUUUUCAUAAAAGAUCUUGCUAUUAUUUUUCUGAUGAGGACGUUUCGUCAAGAAAGAACUGGACUGACAGCAGAGACUACUGCAUCAGCAAGGGUGGUGACCUGCUGGUGAUUAAUAAUUUGGAGGAGCAGGUGCUCAUAAGAACUCAUUUGUCACGGGGGAGCAGCAGUCAUGUGUGGUGGAUGAACGGGUUCUGGAUUGGUCUCACCGAUGUGGCAACUCAGGGAGUGUGGGUGUGGGUUAACAAUGUCACAGAAACCUCCACAGUGUACUGGAGAAUGGGACAACCCAGCCGUUCUGGACCUCAGACUGGAAACUGCGUUGCUUUUCUGGGUGAAACCAUAAGUACCUGGUACAAUGCAGACUGCAGUCAGCAUCGGCUGAACUGGAUCUGUGAGAAGGAAGCAAGGAAAACUGAUGCAGUCUAAUAUUACCACCAAACAUUUGUGACAUUUAACAACAUUGUGUUUAAUGUGAGAUUCAUAAAAGUACAAUUUUCUUUAAAAUUGUCUGUCAAAUGUAUACAUUUCUUGAUAAAGUCUUUUUUUAUUUUAGGAAAAUAUAUUUUUAAGACAGCGUUCCUAUUUUAAGUAAAGAAAAAAAGGAUUGUUCAAUGUGAAGACUUUGAAGUGGAUGAUUGAAUACUAAACCGAAUAAAAAGUGUUUUUUUU